CUCAAUUUAAAAAUGAAAGAACAGGACGUGCACUUCCGACACAUUUUAUUGUAUUACUUCCGAAAAGGCAAGAACGCAUCGCAAGCACAAAAGAAGUUAUGUGCCGUAUAUGGAGAUGAAGCCUUAAAAGAAAGGCAUUGUCGAAAUUGGUUUGAAAGAUUUCGUUCUGGUGAUUUUUCACUGAAAAAUUCACAACGAUCUGGCCACCCAGUCGAAUCAAAUCGUCACAGCACAACACGAGAUAUUGCAGAAAAGCUCAAUAAACUUGAUUUAUGGAUCCCUCACCAGUUAAAGGAAAUUCAUUUGAUGCAACGGAUUAGCAUCUGUGAUUUGCCACUACUGAAACGCAAUGAGAAUGAUCCAUUUCUGAAGAACUUAGCCCCUCACCACACAUCUUUGGUUACUCGGCAAAAAUUAUUGGAACUGGGUUGGGAUGUUUUGUCACACCCACCAUAUAGCCCUAACCUUGCGCCUUCGGAUUAUCAUUUGUUUCGUUCCAUGCAAAACUCUUUAAAUGGUAAAACUUUUAACAACGCGGAUGAUGUCGGAUCACACCUAAUUCAGUUUAUUAAUGGCAAAGACCAGACAUUUUUCGAACGGGGAAUUUUUAUCUCAGCCAGAACGAUGGAAUAA